AUGGGACUGAGCGUGGACGGUGGACGACCGACACUGGCCUCAAAUAAAGAGGGACCUGUAUGUAGGAUGGAGAUCAUCGAUCGAUGGAUGAUUCGAUCGUUUGGUUGUCGUGUGAAGGCUGUGGGGCGAUGCUCGUGGUUCAGGGUUGCGGGCGUGACGCACAUGCGUGGCCAAGCCGCCAGGAAAUCCUUUAUUGAUUCCCGCGCUCCCAAGGAAUGCCGCGGUCUCUGUUGGCGCCAAAACUUCCUCUAA